GAUCCUCGGUCUUCCAUAAUGAACCCUGUUUACAGCCCCGUGCAGCCUGGGGCUCCUUAUGGCAACCCUAAGAACAUGGCCUACACAGGUUACCCUACAGCCUACCCGGCAGCGGCCCCUGCCUACAAUCCCAGCCUGUAUCCUACCAAUAGCCCCAGUUAUGCUCCAGAGUUUCAGUUCCUGCAUUCAGCUUAUGCAACUCUGCUGAUGAAACAGGCCUGGCCACAGAACUCGUCUUCCUGUGGCACUGAAGGCACCUUCCACCUCCCAGUGGACACCGGGACCGAGAACCGAACUUACCAAGCAUCCUCUGCAGCUUUCAGAUAUACUGCCGGGACACCAUACAAGGUCCCACCAACCCAGAGUAAUACUGCUCCACCCCCUUACUCCCCAUCACCCAAUCCCUAUCAGACGGCCAUGUAUCCAAUCAGAAGUGCCUACCCCCAGCAGAAUCUGUAUGCCCAGGGAGCCUACUACACACAGCCGGUGUAUGCUGCCCAGCCCCAUGUCAUCCACCACACCACGGUUGUCCAGCCCAACAGCAUUCCUUCCGCCAUCUACCCAGCACCUGUUGCUGCCCCUAGGACCAACGGCGUGGCCAUGGGCAUGGUGGCCGGUACCACCAUGGCAAUGUCAGCAGGUACCCUGCUGACUACACCCCAGCACACCGCAAUUGGGGCACACCCUGUCUCCAUGCCAACAUACAGGGCCCAAGGAACCCCUGCGUACAGCUACGUGCCCCCGCACUGGUAAAGCCUGCAACCCAUCCAAAUCUGGAGUCACACAUUGUAUGCAACUACUCAAGUCUUACACCGGUGCUGGAGCAGUUCCCUAGCAGCACCACCUCUAUUUGCAAGAAGAGACAACGGAAGUGCAAGGGUCACUUUAUGCAUCUUUAAUGGUUUCGGUUUUUAUUUUUGGUUUUUGUAAAAGCUGCUUUUUCUAAUCUCCUGCCUCUCCCCCACUGCCCCCCUCUUAUCCUCUGCCCCUCCAGCCCAACCCUCCCCUUCCAUCUGACCAGGCCACGUCCUCUCUGCUCUUCCUUGCCUCCCUAAGCAUCCUGUCCCCGGGAAUCCCAGUGAGGUGGCAAGCAGAGAGUAGGGUUUAUUGCAAUGGUUCAGCCCAAGGCUCGGUUUCAUUUGAAGAGCAUAAACAGAUGUGGCCCUCAGGUCCAGGGUAGAAACUCGAGCUGUUGAGCAGGCCACAUCUCUGGGGAUUGUCCUUUUUUGGUUUUUCUUAAGCAAGAUUAGUUUGGGAUAUUACCAUGUCCUGACACAAACAGAAAGUCUUCUUAGAACCAUCGCAACAGACCAAGACCAAAACCACCUGAUUAUGUAGGAGUGUUAUUAGCAGCUUAAUACUCCAGGCUGAGAACCUGGGGAAGCCAGGCUUUAGAAUUUGGGGGAGGGUGGGGGGAGGGGGUACUGUGGGGAAGGAGAGGGAAGAAGGGGAGAGAGGUGUUUGCUUGGUGGCUUUGAUUUGAAAGGUCCUAGGCCACACUGUCGGCCUGCACCGUCUGAUUUGCACAGUGAUGUUAACUGACCUGGCACUUCCUCAAAAGGUGAUUUUGACCUCAGACCUGCCGGCAGCUGCAGGGUAGUGGGAUCCCAGUAUCCUGAGGCCUUGGAAGGCCAGGCGCCCUGUGUAAUCCAGACCUCGGUCUCUGAGCUCUCAUGGUCCCACUCUUAUGAGGCCCUUCUCCUGAUAAGAGUGGCCACCUAGGGCAUUUCUCUCCCUUUCCCUUCUGCCUUUCCCAGUGCCAGGGCUCACCUGUCUGUCUGUAGGGCUGGCAGGCAGGCCAAGCUCUUGGUUACCUUGUGCCAUUCAUGGCCAAAGUGAAGGAACCACAUUCCAGGUGGGUGCUGGCGGCUCUGAAGGUCAGGAUAGUGAAGGAAAAGCAAUAGCAAUAAACAUUUCAUAGACUCAUGGAACUGAAGGGACCUUAGCAAUUCAUCUCAUUCCUUCCCCUAUUUGAUAGAUGAGGAAACUGAGGCCCAGAGAAGAGGAAAGGACUUCCCUCGACCUCGCAGUGAAUUAGCAUUAAAUGCAGCCUUCCUACCUAGUGGCACGUUGCCUGCAAAAAUUUACCUAGGGAUGGAUUGGCUUGGUUUUGUAAAAAUUAAGUCAGCAGUGCCCACACCUGGUGAGCUCUGAAACAGUCUCUGGGCUCUUGUUUCUGCUCUUUUCCGCCUUGGACUCCAAAGGCGGGGCCGAAAACUGGGCAGAGGCCACAUGGGGGCAGAUGGCAGAAAUUGCAAAUGAAGAAAUAGCAUUUGGAAAUUCUGUGAAGACAUCUGGAACUUUCGUCUUGUACCUGACUCCACUUCUAGGAAAAGGAGCAGGUGGGCGGGCUGGCUGAAAAGGAGAGGCCAUGCUUUUAGGACAGUAGCCCCUCAUCCUGAGAGGAGAGGAAGAGAAAGAAGAGAGUGGGAGUCACCAGGAGAGGAGGACAAGUCCCAGGAGACCUAGGCUCAUCUGGGAGAAGAGGGAGCCCUGGGACAAGGAGGCCCCGCUAGUCUCAGCCAGGAGCCUGGAUGACCCAGCACCACGCUCCUGCACCCAGCGCUGGGCUGGGCCGGGCCAGCAGCCCCUUUAGGGGUGGGGCAGGAACAUUUUACUGUACAAAAAUGGGAUCAUUGACAACAUUUGGGACUUUUGAAUAACUAUUUUCAUUUUAAAUCAUGCAAACUUGGAUAUACCCUUCUCCCCUACCUCCCGUGUGUCCCUAAAGGAGGAAAAAAAUCAGGAAACCCUUGGGCUGGAAGGACCUCCGAAGCUGUCUAGCUGUUCCCAGGGGGUGGAGCCCAUCAGCAUCCUUGGCCCAGAGCCAAGUCUGGGGGCCCACUUUCCCGGGUGUCCAGGGAUCUUCAGGACCAGUAAGACAAAAAUCCAGCUGUUCUAAAUUCUGGGAUGUUCUAAAUUCUGGGAUGCUGAUGAGGUUUCAUUUUAUAACAACAGAAAGUUUUCCAGUGUUAAUCCAUUUUUUUUGCAAAUACCUCCUCCCACCCUCUUUGGUUUUGUAAAGGUGGGUGAAGGUUGUUUUAGAUUAUGUCAUAUGUGUUUGAAAAAUGCCAAAAUAAUAAUAAUGAUAAUAAUAAUAGGAAACCUUUGCAUAUGUCAGAUGUGUCAUAGAUUUUUAAAGCACUUCACAGCCUUUAAUUUACUCGUCCUGAGAGAGGGGCUGAGUCAGAGUUAUUACACCCAGUUGACAAAUGAGGAAACAGGCCUACAGUGAACAAAAGGCUAGUAUCCGACCAGGCGUCUUGGAACCCUGCUGCCUCCAGGUGGGCUGGGGUGGAACUACAGAGAGGAAGUAAGAAAAGGAGGAGACCUAGGAAUGACCUUGAACUCUUGUUCUUUCUACACCAGUGAGUAGAACUAGCAUCUGGACCUCAGAGUUCACAGAGCAGUUUAGCACACAUCAUCUGGUUUAACCCUAUGAAAUAGAGAUUAUUUCCCACAUUUGAUCCAUGAGGAAAUGGAGGCUCAGAAAAGUAGAGCAGCUUGCUAGUAAGCGACAGAGCCACUUGAAUCCCAGGCUGUCUGCUUUCUCUUUCCCCUCCAGGCAGACCCUUACAGGCUCACAUACAGAAGCAUCUGUGUACCCUAUCCCAGCUCCUCCUGUGUAAGUCAAGAGCAAAGGAAGGCCCCAGGGAGAAAAUAAGGCACUGAGAGGCUGUGGUCUGGAAAAGCCCAGGCCCGGCAUUUCUUUCAGUAUGAGCACUAGCGCCCUAGUUCAGCUAGCCUCACCCUCUUGCUUUGAUGGAGAUCCACAAGCCUGGCCAAGCUUGGGGAGUCAGUGCAGAGGGGCUGAGUCCAGAAGAGCAGGACCAGGCGUGUGCCUCUGGUUGGAUGAGCACAGCUCCUGGGAGGGCCACAGGUGACUGGGAGAAGAUACCAUAGCCAGCAGUCAUCCAAAGAUUCCGGGUGACCCUGGCCGGGAGUCAAGCCAGGCAAAAGGUCAGAGCUGGGUAGGAAGGCAGAGAAGGCAAGGGAUGUGCCCACGUGGCACAGUGAGCCGCAGCACUGGCACCAGCAUGCAGACCCCUGCCUCCUUCCCAAGUGCCUGCCCCCCCCCGGGUACAACACCUUCGUGGCCAGGGUCAGGGUACAGUGGUUCAAGUCACCAGCCAACCUCCCUGGCUUCCCCACUUCAACCUUGCUCCCUCUCUUCACCAGCCCAGGUGAGGAGUUUGAUCUAGAAGCUGGGAUGACUCCAAGUAGUGCAGGUCUGAAACAUAAUCUUUUGCCACAUUUUGAAAAAAAAUACAUAUUUAAUUUCUUCCUCAUGAGAUAGGACCGUUGCCAUUCCUUCUCUUUCCUACUGGGCAAUGACCCCAAAGUGAAUAUCCCCUUCUCUGAAUAUUCAACAAGGACAUACCUACCUGUCCAGACCUUUUUUGGUAUGCAAAAUGCUUUGACAUUGGUGGCCAAAAUCCCCAUCCCUAUAGAUAAAAAAACUAAGGCUCAGAAGACUUAAGAGACUCGCUAAAAGGUCACACAGUUCUUAAGUAAAAGAGCCAGGAUUUGAGAUCUUCAAUCCUCUGCUCUUCUGCUGCCAUCUGUUGCGUCCCUCAGUGGCAAGCAUGAAGAAGGGAGAGGCAGGUCGCCUCUGUCCCCAAACAGAAGACUUUAUGGAGACCUGGGGAGUUCAGUCCUCUUGGCUGGGCAGAUUUUUAUCAACUGCUGCUUUGGGCCAGGAUCUGUGAUAAGACUGGGAAACCCAGAGGCAUAUCCAGCUGGUAGAGGGAAGAUAAGAAUUUGCAACAAAAGACCUAACUUGAAGAAAACACUUUGGGGACUUUGGAGCCAUGAUGCCCAGGACUGAAUGCAUGGUCAAGGACAGUACCAGGCAUCUUUCUAUUAAUAGACCUAUGUCCCUGGGAAACCUUACGACUCAAGAGCCUGCCCACUGUCCAGAUGCAGUGAGCUGACAUUUCAAGGGGACCCAUGGUAGCCCUGAUUGACCAAAAGCGUAUGGACUGAAGUCCCUGGGCUUGCUUUUCCCUUGGGUAAGAACCAGGACUUAGGGAGACUCUGAGCAUGUAGGCUGUAUACAUCCCAACCCUUGUUCCUGGCCACCCAGAUUGUUCCAAAUUUGAGGUGUCUCACUCCCAGGAAUAGAGUACUUCUCUGAAGGGCUUGCUUUGGUCCGAUGGCCUUCAGAAGUGAAUCAUGUGGAGCAGAAAAGUAGGACAGGCCCCUUGGUCAUGAAGUUCUGGCAUCUUCAUUGUGCAGACAGAACUCAUCCAAGGUUCCAGUAAAGUAUUGGCUGAGCCAGGCCUGGAACCCUGCAUAUCACAUUCCUUGGCUCUGCUGUAGCCACAGGGGACAGGGCCCUUUCAUCUUCAUCUUCUAUAUCACCAGGGCGUUCCUCCUCAGUUCCAGUUGAGUGGAGUCUCUUUUCCAUCCUUUAUUCCACCACAUCACUACUGGGUUUGUGGCCCCAGCUGCUUGCCAAGCCUGGGAAUCUGGAGCGGGUUGAGUCAUGGAGUGGGCAAGGGGGACGCAGGCUCCAUGUGGGUAUGUAGCCCCCAGGGUCUGGGCCCCACCCACAUAGCUGAAGAAACACAGCCAGGUAAAUGAUCAGAUUCCACACCCAAGCCUCAGUGCCAGGCUGCGGUGGGCAUGCCAGGGUGGCUGCAGGGUUCAUCUUUUACUCGUCCAUGUCUCUCUCUCCUAGAAUACUCCUUGUUUCUGAAAUUAGGAGCUACACUGUUCCAGGGCCCAGCCUUCAAAAUUCCUGGCAGGCUCACUUCAACAUUCCACGGACAGCCUUGCCUGGCCAGAUUGGGUCCCACUCCCCCAGUUUCUCCAAUGGGUAUUUUCUGUCUGGCAUGCUAUUGAGUCCAACCCAAAGCCCAACAGGAGUUGGGACUGGCUGCCACAAAGCCAGAAAGGGACAUGGCAGCACUUGCUUCCCUGUAGCUGCCUUCCUAGUCCCUGGAUAUCCUUGCUGUGGCAGUGAGACCCUGUACCCUUUCCAGCCCCUGGCCGAGGGAGAUUUUCCUUUCUGAAGAGUGUGAUGUAACAGCUUUGCAGAUAAGUAGCAGCCCUUAGGAAUCAAAUGGGUGAAAUCAGCUUUGGGCCUGACCCCAGCUAGACCAGCACCUCCAGGCUCCAGCGUUCCUCCUCAGGCCUAAGAGAGUCAGGGAGAGUGGGACUGGCCCAGUGUGACCUUCUCGGGUCAGCCAGAUUGUACAGAUCUGUGGUGUGACUCAAAACUCCUCCUGACCCAAGGGGGAGGUAAGGCUAACCUUUAGCAACUUGGAGUUGUCUGUAAUGACCUUUAAAGGCCCAGUGGCCUGUUCCCAUCCUGACUUCAAGGCAUCUGCAUCCCUGUUUCAUAUCACAUGGCAGAGAAACCUGUUCUCAUGGCAUGUAACAUCCCUGUGAAGAGAGCGUUGUAUAUGAUUUUGUAUUUUUUAAUUCAUUUUAAUCUACAGGUUGAAAUCUAAUUUUUAAAUUUUAUUGGAACUCACAUUUUAAAAAUAAAAGCAUUUUAAAAUAAUAAUAAUAAUAAUAAUAAUAAACCUUUGACCGGUGUCUUCCAAGUAGUUUGAUCAAAGAAUUUAUAGGUGUUUUCAAAACACAUCCUGGCGUGUAAAGAUUGGAAAGCCCAGGGCCUCGCUUGUGUGUAUGAGUGUAAAUCUGGUUUUGUUUUGUUGUUUUGGAUUCUUUUGGGUUUUUGUUUUGUUUUGUUUUGAAGAUCAGAUAGUGAUCACUCUGAAAGAUUGAAGCCAAGAAUUUGUAACUAUGAUAUUUACUGUAAGCUGUAGAACACUCAAUAACUAUUAAAAAAAAGUUUCCAAAAAAAAA